UUUAUUUUGGUUUGGUAUUGAAAUACUUCCGCCAAAUUUUAAAUAUCUGCAGUAUUUAUUAAUGUUCUUGUAAUAAUUUAUAAGUAUUGCACUGUGAUACACUAUCUGCAAGUUAAUGUGAUUUAAAUAUAGCUUUCGUCGUUUAUAAUGGACAUUUGUCACGGUGAAACAGUAAGACUUGAAAAAUUCGACAUCAAAGUGAAAUCUAAACCUAAAGAUGGUCUUAUACUGCAGCUACAUCACACAAUUCGCAAAUCGAAUGGAGUAAACAAACGUAUUAGAUUCUCGACGGGAUCAUUCGACGACGCACACGAGAAGUUGGCUUGUGCAGACAAUGCGGGAAACAUCUUUAUACUUGAUUUCAUAGACUUAAAGUUUUGGAAGGUAACAAACCGCUGUCCAAGUACUGCUCUACAUUUUGUUCCUGGUAAAUCGAAUUUACUACUUAUUGCUACAGACAUAAAGUUUACUAUUGAUUAUGUAGAUAUCGAGACAGGUGCAACUGGCCUGUCUCUGUCGGGUCACACGGCCCACAUUAAGCAUAUAUCCUUUUCGAAUCAUAAAACGGAAUGUUUAUUAACCGCUAGCCCCGUAGAAGCUAUACUGUGGGAGUUGAAGAAUUACACAAAAUAUUUUACUUUGACAACAUUUGCGAGUGCUCAAAUCCAACAAAUAAUGUUUGCUCCAUCCAGUGAUUAUGUGGUGGCUUGCUUCCAAAACGACACGAUUCAGAUAUGGAGGCAGGAAUCUAUGAAAUCAGUUAAGCAAAUCUUACCAAAUGAUUUGAAACAUAUGAAGUCUAUAGCAUUCUCCACAAACGGCAGAGCGAUGGCCAUGGCUGGUCUAUCAUCUCUACUGAUCCUCUUCAGCAUGGAUACUUGGAAAGCUUUAAAAUCCAUUGAUCUCAUAAGAUAUGACAUAUCUGGUAUUCAUCAGUUGGCUUUUGUUCCCCAAAUGUUUGACGGUGGCUCUAAUAAAGUUCUAGCAAUGUUAAGCAGUGAUUGCACCCUACACUUUUUAGAUUUAGAACGGCUGACCAUUGUACACUGCAUACACCCAGAAACAUCAGGAAUAAGAAAAUUUGACAUCAGUCUAACUGGAAAAUAUUUCCUAUGUAUUUUGCAACAAGGAGAAGUGAAUAUAUACAACACCUCGUUUGUAUUAGAUAUAGCACACAGUACUCAGCAAGAAGUAAAGAAAUCCGUGGAACUGUCUCAAUCUGUUAAAAAAAAAUCACAUAAGGUAAAGUCAAAACAUAAAGAAGAGAUAGAAAACAAAACGAAAACAUGCAUGGACAGCUCUCGAUUGAGAAGAAUACUUAUGCAGCAUGGAGAAUACCCAGAAAAAUACCGUGCCACAGUCUGGAAGAAACUUUUGGCAACUCCAGAUAAUAAGAAGGCUUACUCACUGUUACUGGACAAAGGGAUACACCCUUCAUACAAAGAUAUUGAGAAGCAGUUCACUAUCCACAGCACCAUCACUCUCAAUAGCUUGAAAAGGCUUUUAUCAUGUUUGGCUAACUGGUGCCCAUUAUUUGGUGUGACUGAUUUUCUCCCAGCUUUCGUAUUUCCGUUUGUAAAGGUACUACAGAAAGAUCCUCUAUUGCUGUUCGAGUGUGUUGCUACAGUGCUCUUAAACCAAUGCCAGCUAUGGUUUGAAUAUGCUCCAUUUCCUCCUAUAAGUGUGCUAGCCAUGGUUGAGAACAUCUUGGCUGAACAUGACCAAAAGCUUCUAGAUCAUUAUUGUCACCAUGGUGUUACGAGCCAAACGUAUGCUCUAUCAAUAUUAGAAACUGCUUUUAGUGAAGUAUUGACUUGUUCGGAGUGGCUGAUCCUAUGGGAUCAUAUAGUAAGCAAUGAACCAGCCUUUAUAUUAAUGGCGGUGGUGGCUUAUAAUAUUGUACAAAGGAGUGCCAUAAAAAAACUUUCAAACUUUGAAGAAAUUGAAAAAUUUUUCCACAUGCAGAACCCUAUAGAUAAGAAAACAUUUUUGAAGAAAACAUAUGUUUUGCUGAAGACAACUCCGGAUGAUAUACAUCCAAAGCAAUUUUUGAAUAGCUUUGUAUCUUUAAAGAAUGAUUCCAGCUAUCAACAAUUUAAUGGUUAUCCAAAAGCUACAAUUUGUCUUAAACUAGCAAAAAAGGAAAGGAACAAAUUGAAAGACAAUAAAGGUAAAGGAUACACAUUGAAAGAGUUAACAACUGAAAAGCAAGAAGAGCAAAUCAGACACAGGCUGCAAGAUGAUCGUGCUUCAGACAGUAUGUCUGAAAAUUGCAGAGAUGCUGAAAAACAAUGUGAAAGUAAAACAAAGAAGGGUACAAAAAAAUUGGUAAAACCGAAGUUGAGCAGUGGUGAUUUUGACCAAAAAAGUAUAAAAAAUGAUUUGAUUGAUAGCAUUAUGUUUCCAAAACUACAGCAUAUCACAUUUGACCUGGAGAAGACAAUAUGUCCCAAUAGACCUGAUGUAAAACUAAAUGAAAAUCUUACGUUUAACAGACCUGAUAAACUAAAUAAACGAAAUGUAACAGCAAGUUACACAAAAUCUGACUCAUCUACCUCGUAAUAUUUUGCUUAGAUAUUCUGUAAAUAAUUACCUAAAGAAGCAGUAUCAAUCAAAGAAUUGUAUUUAUUUGGAUACUCUAUUUAUUUCUGUUAAAACAAUUUUGAUAAAAUAAA